AUUCUCAGUUUCUCUGCAAACUUUUCUUUGUUUGGCGUUUUUGGUUUCUUCGGAAAUAUUGUCCCCGCACACCUCUCUGGGAGGUUGGGCAGCGGGGGUGGGGGCAGCCUCAUCUCCACAUGGGUCCUGUGGUCUUUUAGCGUCUAAAGGUAUCCUUCGGUGAUGGAGCCCUUAGGCACCUCUGCGUGGAAGGGCUGUGCCGCGCUGUGCCAGAAAGAUUUGUCGUACCUCCAGCAGUGGUUGGAAGCCUUUGUGGCCAAUUUUGAGAAGAUCAUCGCCGUCCAUUCUCUGGAACCGAGAAGGCCCGAAGACUCCAUAUCCGAAAUUCCACUCUUACCUCUGAACGUCUUGCAAGUGUUAACCCAACAGUUGACGUCUUCGGUCUCCCAAAUUUCACGCGACGAGGUAGCCGAACCCGGCUUGAAGCAAGCUCUCCUGCUCACCAAGUUCUUCAUCAUUAUUUGCAGGAAUCUCGAAAACGUCCAGGCUGACCGUCCACCCCUGUUUGUCCACGAUCUGAUCGUUCUGCUGUCCACCUGUUCGAAAAAGCUCAACAGCUUCCACACAGAGGCCUGGCCCCACCAGGGCCAGCUGGAGAAUGUCACCCUCUACGCCCUGCACCUUUGCGAGUGUCUCUUCGACCCCUACCAGACCUGGCGGAGACAGCUGAGUGGGGAGAUUGUGAGUGCGAAAGAGAAGAACAAAUACAAGUUCGCACCAGCUGCGUUGCCUUUGGAGUUCAGUUCCUUUUUUGAAGAAUGCUUCGAAACGGACCGAGAGCUCCCAGAAUGCCUCCAGCUGCGGCUAAUCCACCUUUUGGGGGCUAUUAUCUCUGGAUCCAAGCAAAACGCCCUCCAGAUGACCACCCCAUUGGUGGUCGAGGGGCUGAUGCUGGUCCUCAGGAGGUGGUGCCUUCCGGCCAGUGGGCCCACCAAGGACCCCCAGUUGCUGCAGAUGACCCUCAAGAGCGUGGUGUCCAUGGUGCACGUCCUCCACACCAGCAGCCCCAGCCAACGAGCCGUGGAGAUCCGAGCCAUCUUGGAGAGCUUCUUCAAGGUCCUGAACGCCGACCAGCCCUUGGCCUCGCUGGAAGGAUCGCCUGGGCCUCACUGGGAGGAGAAGCUGAUCACCCUGCGGGUGAACAUGCUGGAGGAAGAGGAGGAGGAGGAGGAGGAGGAGGACGUCUGCUGGGCCUACGGGGGCCAUCAGCGAAGGUGUCACGUGCCAAGGAUGUCCGUGAGAUGA